GGUCGUGGCCCUGGUAGAGGGAACGGAGACUGAAACCGCUGGCGGCAUGCGGGGCCCGGGAGUGGGUUCGGGGCUCUCGGGCGAGCGAGGGUUGUUAGAGCAGGAGGCCGGCGCGGACACGGAGGCGGCGGAUCUCCUGCCAUUUCUAAAGCCCGGCGUGCGGGCAGAGCUGCAGGCGGUCGCGGCGCAGCACGUGUUGGCGCUCACUGGUUCCGACUCGGGCCGCGCGCUGUUGGCAGGACAGGCAGCGCUGCUGCGGGCUCUUGCCGAGCUUGCGGUGGCUCCGACCCCAGCUCCUUCCCGCGACGCUUCCCGCGCGCUCGUGAACUUGGCUGCUGACCCCGGCCUGCACCGGCAGCUGCUAGCGGCGGACCCGGAGCUGCCUGCCCGCCUGCUGAGCUGCGUGUUGGACCCUCAGUGGCCCUGGGCUGAAGAGGCGGCAGCGGUACUGGCUAAUCUGAGCCGCGAGCUGGCGCCGUGUGCUGCGUUGAUGGAGAAACUGAUGGUCGCUGAGACGGAGCGCCUGGGUCUGGAGCGGCUGGUUAACGCGCUGUGCACGCCCAGCUACAAUGUGGCCGCACCCCUGCAUUACCUGGGUCCGCUGCUCUCUAACCUUAGCCAGCAGGCGGAGGUGCGUGCUUUUCUGCUGGACCAGGACAGGUGCGUGGUCCAGCGGCUGCUGCCUCUUACCCAGUACCCAGACUCCUCGGUGCGGAGGGGAGGAGUGGUGGGAACACUUCGGAAUUGCUGCUUCGAGCAUGGACACCACAAAUGGUUGCUCGGGCCCCAAGUUGACAUUCUCCCCUUCUUGCUAUUGCCCUUGGCUGGGCCUGAGGAGUUCUCCGAGGAAGAAAUGGAUAGGCUGCCUGUUGACCUGCAGUACUUGCCACCAGACAAACAGCGAGAGCCAGAUGCUGACAUCCGGAAGAUGCUCAUUGAAGCCAUCAUGCUGCUGACAGCCACUGCGCCUGGUCGGCAGCAGAUACGGGACCAGGGUGCUUACUUGGUCCUUCGAGAGCUACACAACUGGGAGCCAGAGCCCGAUGUGCGAAUAGCUUGUGAGAAGCUUAUCCAGGUGCUUAUUGGUGACGAGCCAGAGGUUGGCAUGGACAACCUGCUGGAGGUGCAGGUGCCUGAAGACGUGGAGCGACAGCUGCAACAGCUAGACCAGCAAGAACAGCUAGAGCUUGCUCAAGAGCUAAGAGACAAGGGUGCCCCACGGACUUGAAGCUCCUUUUGCCGAAGUGCCAGCUCCAUAUCUACCUUUGCCAGGGUUCCUUCAGGGUUCUAGGGUAAACACCCAGUAAAUGUUGAGAAGCUCAAGGACACUGCCCAUUCCUGUGCUCUACUGCACCCGGCAAGAAUGCAGGCUGUUCAGUGCUGACUAUUGAGCUGGAGGUGGCCAGGUCCUGUGUCGUAGCUGCUUAUAUAUGAGGCAGGUAGCUGAUGGCCACUGGAGCUGUGAGGAGCCUUUUCCUGUUAGGGCUGGACCAAAAACAUUGCAAGCCCUGGGCAGCCAGCUAGAGCUUUUCAUUCUUGAAGACACUGAAGGAUCUGGACAUGAGUUGGCUUAGUGGUGCCAACCGUGCUAUGAGCCCCAACCUUUGGAGUCCUUUUGCUUUCCUUUGCCCAAGACCCCCUUGAAAGACAAACCACGGGGGCUGGAGAGAUGGCUCAGCGGUUAAGAGCAUUGCCUGCUCUUCCAAAGGUCCUGAGUUCAAUUCCCAGCAACCACAUGGUGGCUCACAACCAUCUGUAAUGAGGUCUGGUGCCCUCUUCUGGCUUUCAGACAUACAUACAGACAGAAUAUUGUAUACUCAAUAAAUAAAUAUAUUAAAAAAAAAAAAGACAAAUCACACUUGAAUUCUAGGAUCUUCCUAGGAUGCUCUGCCCUUCUAGGCCUGUCUUUGGAUCACUGCUGGGUACUGUUUCUCCUUCGCUAUCUCUCUUUCUCUGCUCCACCCGUGAUACUGGCCCCUGCCUUUAGUCUUUGGUUAGCCUCCUUAGUCCCAGGUUGAAUUAGAGUUAGCCAUUUAGAUAGAAUGUGCUCCUCAGUUAGCUUCCUUGAGCAACAGUUGCCUUUCAAGACCUUCCUACUGAUCACGCCUUGCCUACCUCUGUAGAGAUUCUCCUGGGUGUUCUUGAAGCAUUUAUUCUUAGACACUCCUACCCCCAAUUUAUGGAGCCUACUCCCUCUAUACAGCCCUUCUUCUUCAUUCUGUAGAUAACCAUGGCAAAUCUUGCCCCACUGUGUCCCCCUUUUUGAGGCACAGAUCUUGAUCCACCUGUGUGAAGCUUUUGUAUGCUGUUCCCUCUCAGCA